GGGCACACUACAGCCACACUACCACUACGCCCGCCGGGUUCCUGCGGCUCCGGACGGGACAGCCCCACGCACAGCCCCACCCCGCAGGAAGGGCCCUCUUAUGAUUGGCCGCGGGGCGGCGUCGAUCCUUUUCUUUUCCGGUCGCUGGAGCCGCGGUUGCCGCCAUGAAUGACACAGUGACCAUCAGAACCAGGAAGUUCAUGACCAACAGACUUCUGCAGCGCAAGCAGAUGGUGAUCGAUGUUCUUCAUCCUGGGAAGGCCACGGUCCCCAAAACAGAAAUCAGGGAAAAGCUGGCAAAAAUGUACAAGACAACCCCUGAUGUAAUUUUCGUCUUUGGCUUCAGAACUCACUUUGGUGGUGGCAAGACAACAGGUUUUGGCAUGAUCUAUGAUUCCCUGGACUAUGCAAAGAAAAAUGAACCAAAGCACAGGCUUGCCAGGCACGGCUUGUAUGAAAAGAAAAAGACUUCCAGGAAGCAGCGAAAAGAGCGUAAGAACAGAAUGAAGAAAGUCAGGGGCACAGCCAAGGCAAACGUUGGUGCUGGCAAGAAGAAGAAAUGAAGUAUCUGCAGUAAAUGAACAUUCUUCAGGUGGAAAACAGAUAACAGGCAGCAUCAUUCUAUGAAGAAGUAUAGAAUGAAUUACUCUGGAAAGCAGAAGCUGCUCAUCUGACUCUAACAUCAAAUAAACUCUGUCAAUAAAA